AAUCAAGGAAGAAAAGCACUUUUAUUUAGUUGGGUAUAUCUCUCUUUUCACAUUCGUCUCUGGCUCUUUUGGGUUUUGGAUAUUUCUUCCAAAAUGAAGACUUUCAACUAUGGUUGUGCACUAUCAGAUUCAAAGAGUAGGCCGUGUCUCUGUAGUCUCUUUGUUGUAGCUUCCUUGAUUUGUGGUGCUUACUUCAUUAGUAGUGCACCCAACUCAGAGGAGUAUAAAGAAGUAUGUAUAUCUGCCUUUAUAAAUUCUACUGAAAUUUUACUGGGAGGAACAAACAUGAUUUCUGCAGGUCGAAUUCAAUUUUACUUUUUCAUUGAUGUCUUGGAAGUCAACUACGGCGGUAUGACUUGAAUUCUGAUUAAAAUUAUAUACUUUGU